CUAAGGAAACAGUAGUUGGUGGUACUAUAAAGCCCUUCCAAUGGCAUUAAAGCUCUCAUCUUUAGUAUCACCUUCAGUAGUUCGUCGCCGAUUACCAUUAGUAGGUGCUUUCUGUGUCCUAAGCUUCGGUCUUUCCAAUCUCUGCCCCUCUUUUAAUCCCUCCUCUAAAACGGGCUGUGCUCAAUCCCUCCACUUUCUCCCAAUCUUGGGAUCAAAAGUUGGUAGUAGUGUUCAUAGUACAAAUAGGAUAAGGAUGGAAGCAAGCAGCAAAACUGUUCCCAGCAUUGUUGUCUAUGUCACUGUUCCAAAUAAAGAAGCUGGUAAGAAACUGGCAGAAAGCAUAGUUAAAGAAAAGCUUGCAGCCUGUGUAAACCGAGUUCCAGGAAUAGAGUCUGUUUAUGAGUGGAAAGGGGAGGUGCAGACAGAUCCUGAAGAGUUGCUAAUAAUUAAGACUAGGGAAUCACUUUUGGAUGCUCUGACAGAGCAUGUCAAGGCAAAUCACGAAUACGAGGUGCCAGAAGUGAUCGCCUUGCCCAUAACCGGUGGCAACCUCCAAUAUCUUGAAUGGAUAAAGAAUAGCACAAGGGACUGAACUGGUUAAAGCCAAGGCUAUAUACAGGAAAAUGCAUCGUUUCUUGGAAUAAAUAAAUCCCUUUUGGUUGUAUAUAUAGCACUUUGUGCAUACUGUCGCAUGAGCAGUGGAUGUUUAUGUUGCCUUUUAAUAGAUUGGAUUGGAUAUUGUUUGCCUGAACCACUGUACGUUUGACGCAUCCAUGACCUGUUUUUCAACUCCAGGAAAAAGGGAAGGAUAAAAAAAACCAUGACAGGAGCAGCCAAUAUAUUCUCUC